AUGAAAGAAUAUUUCGGUUUCAACGGAAAAGUAACAAUCUAUAACUUAAACUAUUAUUGUUUCAAUGAAAUUUUUCGUCAAAUCGAAAGAAACUGCGUUUCCAGUGAUAGCAAGGAUGAUUUAUUAAAGUACAUUGAUCUCAUCCACUUUGCAAUCAGCUGCGAGAGAUUCACCAAAGCCUUUAAGGAAUGGAGCCCAGAUCUUUAUAAGAAACUAUGCAUUGAAAACAUAUUUUUAAAUAGAUCUCGAUGGGUAGAAAUCGACUUCUCAAAUCUACAUGACCAUAUGGAAGGUCUUUCAAUGAAAGAAAAGAAAAUAUUCUGGACGGAUUAUCUAAGCAACAUCAGGGAGAACGAACAACUGGAAUCCUUGAAUUUAAUUUAUGAACCAACACGUUACUACCCCGAACAUUUUGACAGAUUCGAAGAGUUUAUAAGGUGUCUCAAAAAUAAGAACAAAUUGCGUGAGCUUAAUGUAAAACUAAAAGGAUAUAGUUUCGAAACUCUGCCGGAGAUCAGCCAUCUGGAAAGCCUCCAGCUAGAUGCCCAUAUAAAAGCCCAUACUUUGCGCAAGUUCUGCGAAUUAAAUCCAAAUUUACGGCGACUCAAGCUGGGCAACAACGAGGUUUAUGGCAGAUUGACGGACAUAGUGGAGCAUUGCAGCCAACUCGAGUACCUGAGUUUUGUGAUGAAGCAGGGAGUUGAUGCCGUGGAGUAUGAGCGCCUUACCAAACUUUCAAAUCUGCACGAAUUAACACUCCUUGGCGAGCAUCAGGAGGGAACGUUGGUGAAGCUCUUUCAAGGAUUGGCAGAGAAGCAGACCCACCGCAUGAUCACCCACGGAAAGAUACUUCGUAACGAGCAUCGCGAUGAGGGAAUGCCGGAGAAGCAGGUUCGAAGAAUUUGCAUCCCGGAAACGUAUGUAAGUAGCGAAGAGGCCUUUGCUUUGGCAUCCAUGCCCAUAUUGAUUUCACUCAAGUGCUGUAUGCGGGAUACGUCUGUAUAUUCCGAUCUACCUCUAACCGGAAACCUGACUGAUAUUUGCCUAAUGCCUCAUCCCAAGCAAUAUGAUAGUGUGAGUGAUCGCAUUAGAGUUACUUUUCGGGCAAAUCGGCUCGUGAACAAAAUGCACGAUGCAUUCUAUCAGUCGAUGAAGUCCCAGGAUCCAAAGCUAUGGCAUCAAGCUUCUGAUCAAGAAUAUGGAGAAAUUAACCGUUUCCGUGUUGAGGGUGGGUACGAUACCACAACUUUGCCUAAUUUAAUAUCAUCAUCAGCCAUGGCGGUCUGCAUCGAAAAAAUAGUUUUGCUUAAGAACGAUCCAAUUUCCGAGCAAGAAGUGACUACGAUGGCUGCCAUACCGACGCUGACCACCAUCCGCUGUUCCAUCACUCAAGUGGAGCAGAUGAUUGCAGUGAAACUCCUGCAGAUGAAAGGAAUUACGGAGGCAGAAAAACGAGUGGAUCGCAUCAGAAUUGAAUGUUUUGAGAUUCGUUUGACCCAUGGUCUCGAAUCUGUGACUCUUAGUCUAAAUUUUUUCGAGAAAGACGAUAGGAUUUCUCCCAAAAUCUUUGCACCGCUAGCAAAUUUGAGAAACUUAAAAGGAAUUGUGAUCAAGGGAAACAAUAUAGGCGGCUCGUUAUUAGAGCUCUUCGAAAGAUUAGCCUCAUUGAAAACACACACUCUGCAAGAAUUAGAUGCUGUUUUUCUUGACCCCGAAGAGCUUGCAGAGCUGGUGAAGAUUCGCAGCCUAAAGACCCUAAAAAGCGGUUUCUUCUGCUCCAAAAAUAUGGAUCUACUGGCUGGGAUGAAUCAACUCGAGACGCUAAUCCUGACCGUUCAUCCACAAGGAUCUCUGAGAAAAUUGUUGAAGAAUCUCGCACUCCAAAAGGUUCAAGCACUCAAGAGCCUAACAAUUCAAAGGACAAAACUUGUUUCCGAAGAAAUUGCCGAGUUUACUGGGUUAAGGUCCAUGGAGAGCUUGCAGCUGGGCUUGCCGGAAGUACAAAAUUGGUCACAGCCCUCGACCGAUAAAACAAAAUAUGCAGGCGUUAAAUACUGUAAAGAGUGUCGAUUGCCACCGAGUACAUACACUUACGAACAGAACCAAAUCCCUGUUCAUACUUUAACUUCUCUGCCAGAGGAAAAAACCUUAGCUGAGCAGUUUGAUUUUCUAACCGAAUUGUAUGACAGUUUAACGCCGGUUAACUUGGAACUUUUGGGAAAUCUGCCGAACCUAGUGGAACUUAGGAUUUAUUUUGAUUAUAAAGUCGAAGCCGUGGCAAAUUUGCUGAGGUCUAUUGCCUUGCAGUCGCCUCAAAGGCUGCAAAAACUUUCAUUUUCAUCGCAUGACGUCAGGUUGAUAACGAUUUUCGACAACUUGCGAUCCCUUGAAUGCGUUUUCUACCACUUGCACGACAUUGAACAUAUAGCACAUCUCAGAAAUCUUACGGUGUUACAGAUAAAUAACCCCAUGAAUAUUUUAAUGUGGGAGCUCCUCAAAGAACUUAAUGCCUUACCGAACCUGCAGAGCUUGAUUUUUGAUAAUACCGACCUGGAAUUUCUAGAUCUUGUGGAGAUAACGAAGCUGAAUGGACUUAAGCAUUUACGAAUCGGCCUCGCCGCAAAAAAGUUUGUCUUCUUUCUGAUCCAACUGAAAAACCUGGAAGUUUUGGAAAUCACUUCGACUCACUACGCGGCGAUACUUGAGCCCAACUUUAUUUUUUCAUUUCUGGUGUCAUGCCCAAAUAUAAGAUCAAUAACUCUUUAUCGAUACUAUGGCUUCCUAAGACAGAAUUAUAUUAACGCAAUCAUAAACCAUUGUAAGUUGUUUAGGAAUCCUAACGAUCAGCCGCCAUUUAAAUUGCGUGGAGUGUGGAGUGAUUUUACAAGGCUAAGCCAGUUAACCAAAUAUAACGACGAAUUCAUAGAAUUGGAGCGGGUUGAUAACAGUUAUCAAGAUUAUGAAGAGUCCGAUUAGUGUCAUAAUGAAAAUAAUGCCAU